AUGGUAUUUGCACAUUUGGGAGCAUUUUUUAUUGAUAAAUUUUUGGGAAAUUAUAUUGAAGAUAUUGAUUCUCAUCAAUUAAAAAUAAGUUUAUGGAAUGGUGAUAUAACACUUAAUAAUGUUUAUUUAAAAACCAGUGCACUUAAAGAUUUAAAUCUUCCAUUUGAUAUUGAAACUGGUUAUCUCGAAAAAUUAAAAAUUCAUCUUCCAUGGAAACAUCUUUAUGUUCAACCAACUAAAAUUGAAAUCGAAGGAUUAUAUAUACUUUUAUCACGAAAGACAGAUGUUAAUUAUGAUCCAGAAAAAGAAGAAAAAGAUGAAUAUGAAAAGAAAAUGAAACAAGUUGAAAAAGUCGAACAAUUUCGUUUUGAAAAAGAACAAUAUGAAAAUGAUGCGAAAUGUGCUCAUCAUAAAGAUACAUUUCUUGAACGUUUACAAUUUCAUAUUUUAAGAAAUCUUGAAGUUGAAAUCAAUCAUAUUCAUAUUGCUUAUGAUGAUAAAACAACAAAAUCUUAUCCAUUUCAAUUUGGUAUAACACUUGAUUAUUUAAGAUUUAGUACAACAAAUGAUCAAUUUGAAAAUUUGGAAUUAAAAGAAGAUUCAAAUCUAAUUUAUAAAUUUGGAGAAAUAAAUAAUUUAUCAAUCUAUUGGAAUUCAAAUAUUCAAUCUCGAUUAGAUUUAUCUAAAGAACAAAUUAUUAACGAUUUAAAGUCUGAUAAUCAUCUCCAAUUUCCUCAAAUGAAUUAUAUUCUUCAACCAUUAAAUGUUCAAACAAAAUUAAAAAUUGGUAAAACAAGUGAAGAAGAAAAUUUUGAAGCAAAAAUUCUUGAUGGUGAUAUUCAAUUUAAUAAUAUUUAUUUAAAUAUUAAUAAAAAUCAAUAUGCUGAUUUACUUGAUUUUCUUGAAUAUGAAGAUUAUCUUAAUAUUAAAUCGAAAUAUAGAAAAUAUUAUCAAAUGAUUGAUGAUGAUGUUCAAUCUGAUAAAAUAGCUGUAAAAAGAUGGAAAUUUGCAUAUACAAGUAUUGUUCAUGAAAAUGUUCGACCACGUUUAAUUUCAUUUAAAUGGGAAAAUAUGAAAGAAAAUCUUCAACGUUAUAAAGAAUAUUCAGAGAUUUAUUAUAAUCAUUUAAAUCAUCAAAAUAAUAAACAAAGACAACAAGAAUUAGAAAAACAAAUUGAUGUUUUUAAUUUAAUUUAUAUUCGUCGAACUGCACAAAUUCAAUAUACAAAGAAAAAAGUGGAAGAUAAAAGUAUAACAUGGUGGGAUAAAUUUAAUAAUUGGUGGAAUUCGGAUUCUGAUAAGAAAGAUUCAGAAUUUCAUUUUAAUGAAUCAUUAUCAAAUGAAGAAAAAGCGAAAUUAUAUAAAGCUAUUGGAUAUAAUGAUCAAUCAGAUAAACAAAUCUCUUAUCCAAAUGAUUAUAUUGAUAUCAAUGUAUCAAUUCGAUUUAAUUUAACUGAAUUAAAUGUUUGGUCAUUAAUGAAUAAAGAUGAUGUCGAUUUUAAAAUCAUUUCAUCAAUAUCAAUUCCUCAAAGUCAAUUACAAUAUCAACGUCGUCCAGCAAAAGAUGAUUUUCUUUUUAUGAUUGAUUGUGAAACAAUUGAAAUGUAUGGAAUUGAUGAAGAUAAGAAUAAUAAAACAUCUCGUCCAAUAUUAAUUCAACAAUUUAAUAAAUCUCAAGAAAAUUUACUUCAUUUUGAAUUUGAAACAAAUCCAAUCAAUACAAAAGUUGAUUAUCGUAUUCUUGCUUAUUCACAAUCUUUACAAAUCAAUUAUCAUGCAAUGACAAUUAAUAAAUUAUUUGAAUGUUUUCUUCCUGAUAAACAUCAUGAUUUAGAAGGAAUAAAACAAGCUGCUUAUUCAAUUUAUACAGAUAUAAAACAUCGAACACAAUUUUUAUUAAGUGAAAAUCUUAAAAAAAUUCAAGAUUUAGAUAUUCUUAUUCAUAUACAAUCAAUUUAUUUUAUUUUACCUGAUUAUGGAACAUUAAAUGAAUCUUCAUCAAUGAUUUGUUUGGAUUUUGGUCAUUUAUCAUUUAAAGGUGGAAAGAAAAAUCUUUUAAAAAUUCAACAAGAUGUUUUUCAUGAUGCACAAAGUUCAGUUGAUGAAAACAAUGAUUCAUUAUUUGUUCCAAUUGAAAUUCAAUUAAAACAAUUUCAAUUACUUUAUCUUAAUCAAAAUGAAUCUUGGAAAGAUUUGAUUUCUAAACAAGAAUCUCCAUCACAUUUAAUUCAACCAAUAACAAUAACAUUAAAUAUUCUCAAAUCAAUUAAUGUUCAAAAUACAAAUAUACCCAUUUGGAAAGCCGAUGGUGAAAUCAAAUUAAUUGAAUGUCAUUUAUCUGAUACACGUUUAUUUCAAUUUUUAAAAUUAAUUCAAACAAUUCCAUAUCCACAAUCAUUUCAAACUAAUCCACAACAACAACAACAAGAUCAAAAAACUUUGUCAAAAGAUAAGAAAAAGUCAAUUCCAAGUACAAAAGAAACAUAUGAAACAAUUGAAAAGAUGACACCUAUACAAAAUAUUCUUCGUGAAGAAGAACAAAAUCUUGAUUUAAAUAAAUUAAAUAAUCAACAACAAAUAACACAACUUCAAUUCAAUUUUUUUAUAUCAAAAAUAAAUAUUAAAUUUCAACGUGCAUUAUUAGAUUUAUCAGAUUAUUGUGAAGAAUUUUUAGAAAUUUCAUUUGAAUUGAUUCAAUGUUCAUCAAAUAUUAAAACUUAUGAUAUUGAUUUAAAUAUUUCAUUAGACAAUUUUUACAUAAUUCAUCAACAAUUUUUAACAAAUAACAACAAUGAAAAAUUAAAUUUAUUAAAUCGUCAAAAUAAUAAUUCGAAAUUAUUUCAAAUGAAUUGUUUAUUAACAUCCGAUACAAAUCCAUUAUUUAAUUCAUCACCAUAUAAUUCUAUUGAAAAUAAUAUUCAAUUAACAUUAAAUCAAAUUUUCAUUUAUUUUCAUUUACAAGCUUUUCAAUCAAUUAUUUCAUUUACUAAUAAUAUUAAAGAAAAACUAUCACAAUUACCAAAACAAAAUCAAAUUCAAUCAUCAUCAUCUUCUUCAUCUUCAUCUUCUUCUGAAUCUUCUGAAUCUUCAUCAUCAUCAUUUAAAAUAGAUUUUACUAUUGAAGGAUUUAAUUUGUUAAUUGGAAAUGAACGUGUUCAUAUGUUAUAUAUUGAAUUAAAACAAUUUCAAGGUUAUUUAUCACAAACAAAUCUAAAAAUAUGUUUACAUUUUAUUUUAAAUGAUAUUCGUUUAAUUGAUUUAUAUGUUAAAUCACGUUAUCAAUAUUUAAUAUCAAAAGAAAAUUCAUCAAAUGAUUUUAUUCAAUUUGAUUUAUGUUUAUUAAAUCAUGAAAAUAAAUUUAUUAACAAAAAAAGAAAAUCCAAAGAAAAUAAAUCAUUUCUUAAAGGAAAAUUUGAAAAAUUAAAUAUUAUUUAUCUUAAUAAACAUAUUCAAUUUAUUUUAUUAUUAAUUAAUUCAUUUCAAACAAAACAACAAAAACCAAAACCAAAAGAAAUAAAAGAAGAAGAAGAACGAUCGAAUUCUUUUGCAAAAAUUUUACAAAAUUAUCAAAAACAUUCAAUUGAAUUUCAUCUGGAUUUUAUUUUAAAUCUUCCUCAAAUUCUUUUACCAAUUAAUUCUUAUUCAAAUAAAGCCAUUUCAAUUGAUUUAGGAAAUUUACAAAUGCAUACAGAUUCAAAUGAAAAAUUUAAUGAACAACAUCGAAUAACAUUUGAUAAUAUUAUAUCAAAUCGGGUUAUUUUAAAUGAAAAUAAUGAAAUUAUUGAAAAAAAUUCUUUAUUUCAAUGUUCACCAUUUUUAACAUUAAUUAAUCGCUAUUUUAAUUCAGACAAAAAUCAUAUUGAAAUUAAAAUUCAAUGGGAUACAAUUCAAUUGAAAUUUUCAAAAGAUGAUUAUGCAUUUAUUGAUCAAAUUUUAAAACAAAAUUUUAAAGAAAAAACUUUUCAUCAAUUUACACAAAUUGAAAAUAUUCAAACAGACGAAGAUGAAGAUCAACAUCAAAAUCAAAUUGAACCGAAACAAAUCAAAUCCAAUAAAGAUCUUUCGAGAAAAAAAGAUGAAUCUUUUGAAAUAAUUCAAUUUCAAUUUCAAAUUAAACAAAUAACUUUCGAACUUUAUCAACAAGAUGAAAAUUCUAAACUUCUUAAUUUAAUAAUAAAAUCAAUUGAAUCAAAUUUUAAAUAUUUCUCUGAUUCAACAUUAAAUGGAAUAUUUCAAAUUCAACAAAUUUACUUAGAUGAUCUUCGAGAUAAACAAAUUUCACGUCUUAUUGAUAAACAUUUUAAUGUCAAAGAAAAUAAUCCCAUUUUUAAUAUUCAACUUCAAUUGAAACAAUUCAAUAGACAAAUUAAUGGAAAAAUGGAAAGUUUUUAUAUAUGUUUAAGUCCAGAUUUAUUUAAUUCAAUAAAAGAUUUUAUUGAUUAUGAUAUAUCAUUUAUUGAAAAAACAAAAAAUAAAACAUUUAAUAAACAUUCAUUACAAUUAAAUCUUCCAUUACCAUCAAAAUCAAUAUCUAUUUAUCAACAACAACAACAACAACAACCAUCAAAUGAUCAAUCAAAUACAAAAACAAAUAAUUAUGUUCCACCGUCGAAAGAUUCGAAAUCAAAUAAUAUUGAAACAAGAUUAGAAUUUAUUUUAAAUCCAUCUCAAAUUGUUUUACUUGAAGAUCAAAAUAAAGAAAAUAGUGAUUGUCUUGCACUUAAUUUAACAUUAUCAAUUGAUUUAAUUAAUUUGGGUGAUGAAACAAAGAUCUCAAGUUCAAUUAAAGAUUUAUCGUUUUUUGGAACGAAUUUUCAACAAUUAAAAGAAUCUCAAAUUCGUUAUUCAGUCUUAUCUCCUUCGGAAAUUGAUGCAAUGAUAAUUAUAAAUAAAAAUGAACAAAAAAUUGAUCUUAAUAUUGGAGAUAUAUCGAUUAAUGUUGAUCCAGCUAUUAUUAGAACAUUUGUUAAUCUUCUAAAUUCAAUUAAUAAAAAACAAGAGAAUCCAAAAGAUGAAAAAGAAAAAGUUAAUUCAAAAACAAUAUUUAUUCCAAAACAAUUUAAAGAUUCAUCAUUUUGGUUUAUUAAAGAUUUUGAAGAAAAAGAAGAAUUACUUGAUGAUAUUGAUAUAUUAGAAUUAACAACUGGUUCACCUUCAGAAAAAACAAAUGAAAUUAAAGAAAAAGAAAAAGAUAAAAAUAUUGAAAAAUAUCAAAAUUAUUCUCAACAAUUAAUUGUUAAUUUAAAUAUAAUUGAAGUUAAAAUUGAAUUAGGAAAAGGUUCAUCAACUCGGCCAGUUAUUGCUGUUUGUCUAUCAGAUAUCUAUGCUAAUAUUGAAAAUUGGUCAUCGGAUAUUAUUGUUUCAUCAUCAAUUCAAUUUGAAUUAGCUUUAUUUAAUGAUCAUAUUUUAUCAUGGGAACCAUUAAUCGAACCAAUUAUUGAUGAUAAAGGAACUGUUCAAUCACCUUGGACUAUUCUUUGUGAAACUCUUCAAGAUCAAAAAGAAGAUAAUGAUGAAGAGAGUCGAUAUUUACUUACUGAUGAUAAGAAAAGUGAAUCAAAAGAAAAAAGUGAAGGUGGAAGUGGAAGUGCAAGUGGAAUAAGUCUUGAUAUGAAAAAAGUAAUUUCUAUUCGUGGUGAACAUUUAUUAAAUUUAACAUUAACAAAAACAACACUUGAUCUUUGUCAACGAUUAUCAACAAUGUUUAAUGACAUUUAUAAACAAGGUUUACCAUCGGAUAUUGAUGAAGAACAAUCGAUGUUAUCGAUACAUAAUCAAACUGGUUUUGAUAUUAUUAUAUCAAAUAUUACUGGAAUUGAAUUUCCAGAUGAUAAUAAAUCUGAAGAAAAAACAUUAAAUUUAAAAAGUAAUGAAAUAAUCCAUUUAACAGUACCUGAAGAAAGAUUAACUGCAACUCAUCUUCCUGCUAUUGUUGAACAAGUUGCUAAAAGAAAACAGCAAUUUCAAGUUCAAAUUGGAGAAAAUAAUGUUUUAGUUGAUAUAAAUCAAACAUGGAGAAGAGUUUAUGAAUUAUCUUCAUCAUUAGUUCCAUCAUGGCCAAUUCAAUUACUUUGUGAUUCACAAGUUUAUGAAGAAAGAAGAAGAGUUAUUCUUAGUUCAAUUAUUAAAGUAUCAAAUCGAACAACAAUGCCAUUAAUUCUAUUAGAUGCUGAUUCAAUUGAAAAAAAUCAAUUUAAUUCAAUUGCUAAAAUAGAUGUUAAUCAAGAAUUUUAUCUUCCAAUUCAACUUCUUUAUUUAAGAGUUACGCCACGUCUUUAUUUUGCUGUUCAUCAAGAAAAUUCUAAUGAAAAAAUAAAUGAUUUUAUAUCAUUUGAUUGGGCGAAUGAAUCAUCAAGUGAUAGAAUAUUAAAAUUAAAUGAUGGAAGACAAGCUCAUUAUGUUGUUUAUAAAGAAGAAAUUGAAGCUUAUUCAGAAAAUACAGAUGAACCAAUACGAAAAUCAUUUAAUAUUUAUGUUAAAUUAGCUCUUCAUUUAAUUAAUCUUUUACCAAUUCCAAUUCAAUGUUCAAUUGAUAAUGUUGAAAAUGUUGAACUUAAAUCAAGUGAAUUAUAUCAUAGUAUACAAGGAAAUAAAAAAUCAAUUCUUAUAUUUACAAUUCCAUCAUAUAAUAAUUCAUCAUGGAUAUCUGAACCAAUUGAUUUAAAUGAAAAAGGUCAUGGAAUUCAUAAUGAACAUAUUGUUAAAUUUAAUGAUAAAAUAACUGGAGAAACAUUAAGAAUGGUUUUACGUGUUGAUACAUAUCGUCAAUCAUAUCGUGCUUCAUUUUAUUCACCUUUUUGGAUAAUUAAUUCAACUGAUCUUAAAUUUGAAUUUAAAAUUGAAAAUGAAAAAACCUUUAUUGAUACAAUAAAUCAAUCAUAUUAUAUUUGUCCAAAAAAUUUUAAUAGUGAAUCACAUAAAAAGAAAGGUCAUAUUAGAUUAUUUAGUGUUGAACAAGAUGAGAAUAUAUCACAAUGGUCAGAAUCUUUUUCACUUGAUGUUAUUAAAAGUACUGGCAUGACUUCUUGUAAAGUUCAUAAUGAUAGAACUUAUUUGGUUUGUAUUGAUAUUGUAACUAGUUCAUUUGGCAUGACAAAAAUAAUAACACUUGCACCAUCAACAGCUAUUGUUAAUAAUUCAUCAUCUGAUAUUGAAGUUACUGAAAAUAAAUUAGAAAAUGAUGAACAAUCAUGGAAAGUAGUUAAAGCUAAUGAAAUCAUCUCAUUUUGGCCACGUUAUAUUGAAGAAGGUGUUAUGUGUGUUCGAUAUAAUAAUCUAAAAGAAAAAUCAACUCGUUUUUCAAUGACAGAUAAACAUCGAACAUUAUUACGUAUGAAUGAUGAACAACGUCCAGCACUUCAUGUUGAAGUCACUGCAACAGAUUUUGAUGGUUAUAGAAUUAUUUUUGGUGAUUAUAAAACUGGUGAUGCUCCGAUUUUAAUUGUUAAUUCAUUAAUUAAUCAAUCAAUUACUUUUGCACAAAAAGAUCAUUUACAAACACAAAUGUUACCAUCUCAAUAUUAUCUUUAUUAUACAUGGGAUGAUCCAUUGAAACCAAGAGAAUUAAUUAUUUUAUCAAAUCAACAAUCAACAUCGAUACAACUUAAUCCUGUUUGUGGUGUUAUUGAUAAAGAUAGUGAAGACUGUGUAUAUUAUGCAAUAUUUCAUGAUGGUCCUCAAACAGUUUUAUUCUUUUCUUCUGAUCAAUCAAUAAUUGAAUCUGUAUCUGAUAUGCCAUCAUUAACUGAAUCAAUGAAAGAAUAUAUUCAAAUUGGAAUUCGUUCAGUUGGUAUAUCAAUAGUUGAUGAUAUAAAUCGAGAAGAUUUAUUUUAUAUAACAAUUAAUCAAUCAAAUGAAAUUUGGACAGAAAAAAGAAAAUUUAAUAUUCAACCACUUUCAUCAAAAAUUAAUCAAGAUUUAGAACAACAUUAUAAAACAUUUUUAAAACAUAAACAAGAAAAUAAAUUUGAAAUUGAUCAAAAUCGCUAUGUUUCAUUUAAUGAUGAUAUUGCUGAAAUAAGUGAUAAUGAAGGUCAUAUUGUACAUGUUAAACGUCAACCACUCGAUGGUUUAUGGAUUGGAUAUACAUGGUCAACGAAAAAUAUGGCUAUUCAUUGUCGAAUAAAUCAUAUACAAAUUGAUAAUCAACUUCAAAUAACAAUGUUUCCAACAAUUCUUUAUCCAAUUGUUUCCAAAUCAGCAGGAACUGAUUCACCUGGAAAACCAUUUAUUGAAUUAAGUCUUUUUAAAAGUUCAUCAACAAGAUCAAAUACAAUAUUUAUUAAAUAUUUAAAAUUAUUAAUUCAAGAAUUUGCUUUUUGUGCUGAUCAAGGUUUAAUCUUAGCUUUAUUUGCAUUUAUUAAACAAGAUAAAAAUCCAGCAGCACCAACAGUUAAUAUGGAAAGUGAUUUUAAACGUCUAUCAAAUCCAUUAGAAACAAUAGUUAAUGAAGGAACAGAUAAUACAUCUUCAGAAACAAAAAUUUAUUUUGAUAAUCUUCAUUUAUCACCACUUAAAAUUCAUGUUAGUUUUUCAAUGCAUGGUUCAAAACCAAGUGAACAAUUAUUAGCUGAAUAUCCAUUAGCUGAUUUUCUUUUACAAAUGUUAAGUUUAGCAGAAGUUCAAGAUGUUAUUUUAAAAUUAAAUUAUUAUGAAAGAAAAAAUGAUCGAUAUUCAAUAACAAAAUUAACAAAAGAAAUCAGUGAUCAUUAUACAAAUCAAUUUUUAAAACAACUUCAUGUUGUUGUUCUUGGUCUUGAUGUACUUGGAAAUCCUUUUGGUGUUAUUCGAGGUGUUGCAGAAGGUGUUGAAUCAUUUUUCUAUGAACCAUAUAAAGGUGCAAUGGAAGGACCAAUUGAAUUUUUAGAAGGAAUUGCAACAGGUACAAAAUAUUUUGUUGGUUCAGUUGUUGGAGGAGCUGCUGGUGCACUUUCUAAAGUCACACAAGCAACAAGUAAAGGUUUAGCAACAUUAACAUUAGAUAAAGAUUAUCAAAAUGCUCGAAUACAACGAAAAGAAAUUCAAGCUGAAACAACACCAGAAAUUGUUUCAAGUGGAAAAAAUGCUCUUAAAGAUAUUCUACAAGGUGUUAAAGGUGUUGUUAAAAAACCAAUAAAAGGUUUUCUUGGUCUUGCUGGUAGACCAGCAAGUGGUGUUGCUGAUUUAACUAGUACUUCAUUUAAAUUAAUUCGAAAAGUUGCAAUACAUGAAGAUGUUAUUCAUCGUAUUCGAACACCACGUCAUGUUGGAAGGGAUGGAAUUGUUCGACCAUCAAUUGCUCAUGAAACUUUAGGACAUUUUAUAUUUGAUAAUUUUGAUGAAUCACUUCAUGGACAUAAUGAAGGUUAUAUAGCUCAUAUUAAUUCUUCAUCAGAUCCAUCAUCAUUAUUAUUUGCUACAACCAAACAAGCUGUUUAUUUAAUUGAAGAUGCAUCUUCAUCUGGAGUUUAUAAAGUUGAAUGGACACUUCAUUAUAAAAAUAUUAAAGGAACACCUACUGUUAAAUUUGAACCAAAUUAUAUUGAAUUUGUAUUAAAAGAAACAAAUGCAAUUGGAAUGACAAUAAAAGAUUUAGUACAUGCGAAAAUUGUUCCAUAUGAAAAUAUUGGAGAAGCACGAUAUAUUGUCGAUAAAAUGGUUGAGACAAUGAAUGCAUUGGAACUCUAA